CCCCUCCCGCCUCCGCCACCGGCCCCGCGCGCCGCCGCCCGCUCCCACCGGCCCCGGCCCCGGCCCCGGCCCCGGCCCGCCGGUGUGCUCGGCCCUCGGCGCUGACCCCGGCGCGGGGUACGCCCCAGCCAUGUCGUUUCGGAAGGUGGUGCGGCAGAGCAAGUUUCGGCACGUUUUCGGGCAGCCGGUGAAGACGGAGCAGUGCUACGAUGACAUCCGCGUCUCCCGCGUCACUUGGGACAGCACCUUCUGCGCCGUCAACCCCUCCUUCGUCGCCAUCAUCGUGGAGGCCAGCGGCGGCGGCGCCUUCCUCGUCCUGCCCCUGCACAAGACCGGGCGCAUCGACAAGUCGUACCCGACGGUGUGCGGGCACACGGGCCCCGUUCUCGACAUCGACUGGUGUCCCCACAACGACCACGUCAUCGCCAGCGGUUCGGAAGACUGCACCGUCAUGGUCUGGCAGAUCCCCGAGAACGGGCAGCAGCCGCUGACGGAGCCGGUGGUGGUGCUGGAGGGGCACUCGAAGCGCGUGGGCAUCAUCACCUGGCACCCCACCGCCCGCAACGUCCUGCUCAGCGCAGGUUGCGACAACGUGGUGCUGAUCUGGAACGUGGGCACGGCGGAGGAGCUGUACCGCCUGGAGGGGCUGCACCCCGACCUCAUCUACAGCGUCAGCUGGAGCCGCGACGGCUCCCGCUUCUGCACCGCCUGCAAGGACAAGAGCGUCCGCGUCAUCGACCCCCGUCGCGGCACCGUGGUGGCCGAGAAGGAGCGGGCGCACGAGGGGGCACGGCCAAUGCGGGCCAUCUUCUUGGCCGACGGCAAGAUCUUCACCACCGGCUUCAGCCGCAUGAGCGAGCGGCAGCUGGCGCUGUGGGACACGGAGAAUCUGGAGGAGCCCAUGGGGCUGCAGGAGCUGGACUCCAGCAACGGGGCUCUGCUCCCUUUCUACGACCCCGACACCAACGUGGUCUACGUCUGCGGCAAGGGUGACUCGAGCAUCCGCUACUUUGAGAUCACGGAGGAGCCGCCCUACAUCCAUUUUCUCAACACUUUCACCAGCAAGGAGCCCCAGCGGGGCAUGGGCUGGAUGCCCAAGCGCGGGCUGGACGUCAGCAAGUGUGAGAUUGCCAGAUUCUACAAGCUGCAUGAGCGCAAGUGUGAGCCCAUCAUCAUGACGGUGCCAAGGAAGUCGGACCUGUUCCAGGACGACCUGUACCCCGACACGGCGGGCCCCGAGGCGGCGAUGGAGGCGGAGGAGUGGGUGGCGGGGCGGACGGCGGGGCCGGUGCUGGUGUCCCUGCGCCAGGCCUACGUCCCCAGCAAGCAGCGGGACCUCAAGGUGAACCGACGCGCCCUCCUCCACGAGAACCGCCCCGCCCCUGCCGCCGCCGGCCCCACCACGCCGCCCACCACGCCCCCGGCCGCGCCCGCCCCCGCCCACCUCAGCGCCCCCCUGGCCCUGGGCAGUGUCCCCUCUGCGGGGGCGGGCGGGCUGGAGGAGGUGCUGCAGGAGGUGGCGGCCCUGCGGGUGCUGGUGGCGGAGCAGGGGCAGCGCAUCGCCCGCCUGGAGGAGCAGCUCAGCCGCCUCGAGAACGGCCACGUCUAGGGACCCGCCGCCCCCCCCCUCCUCAGGGACCACCACGCCCGGGGACGACGGCCCCCCCUUUCCCCCCUUUCCCCCCUCCACCCCCCCCCCCCAACCUGCCAGGGACCAUGCCUGCACCCCAGGGUCCCCCAAACCCUCCCACCCCCCCUGGGGUCCCGUUCCCCCCACCCGCCGCUGCUGGGUCCUUCUCCCGUUGGAGGGCUGGCCGUCCCUCUGGCAGCUCCCCCCCUGCCCCCGUCACCCCCGUUGCCUUACUGGGUGCUGCCCCCCCAAAUCAUGGACCAUUCCCUGCGUGCCCCCCCCCAUCUCCAUGUCCUUGGGCUGGGGGCUGCUCCUGGGAUCAAACACUACCCCCUGCACCCCCCGUCCCUGGGUGGGCUGGGGUCUUCCCCCCCUUCCUGUGGGGCAGGGCGCGAUCUGCCCCCCAACUGUGGAAUAUUGUCCCCCUUAUAUUUUGGGGGCUUCUUCCCCCUCCCCUCCUUGUCCCCCCCCCCUUCCUUACAGUGCAGGGUCAAAAACUAUAUUUUCACUCCAAAUAAAGGACUUUAUAA